AUGCAUAGGCAUCUGUCCUUGCUUUGUAUUGGAGCUAAUUCGUUUGUUAAUUUCUGUCCCCCUUUUCCUUUCCCGCUAUUCUUCUUUUCAUCAGCAGUGUCCAUAUUUGCCAGCAGGGAUGUGGUGGAGGCCUGCCCACUUGGCCAGUUCCCCUGCGGAAAUAUGAGCGUAUGUCUGCCGCAGGUGCUCCAAUGUAAUGGUCACAGAGACUGCAAGAAUGGAGCGGAUGAGGAGCACUGUGGUGAUAACAGUGGGUGGGCUGACAUCUUUGACCGCACCAUUAUGAAGAAAUCUGAACCAGAGGACCUCACAGAUGCCUGCUCUCUUCAGCAUUAUCCAGACAGCUGCGACUGCACCAAGACAGAGGUGGAGUGUGUGGGGGUGAACCUACGUGCUGUGCCUAUUCUGUCCUCCAACGUGACUUGGCUCUCCCUGAAGAGCAAUGAGCUGAGAGAGCUUCCUGAUCAUGUCUUCUCCAAGUACGCUGACCUGCAGAGACUGUUUCUUCAGAACAACAGCAUCCACACAGUGUCCAGCCAUGCCUUCAGUGGUUUAUUCAAAUUGAGAAAACUGUUCCUCAGCCAGAACUACAUAAUGUCCUUAAGGCAUGGUGUUUUCAGAGACCUCCACAAAUUACAGUGGCUAGUCCUGGAUCACAAUCCCCUGAGGAGCAUCUCUCAUGAUACUUUCAUCGGCCUCAAGUCGCUAAUAUUUCUGUCUAUGGUGAACACGUCCUUGGUCCAGCUAUCUAAACUCAGCCUCUGUCACUACAUGCCUCUGCUCAGCUGGCUGGAUUUUGCAGAGAACCAUAUUGAAGUGCUGAACUACUCCACAUUGAUGACAUGCAAAGAGCUCACAGUGCUGUCGUUGCGUGACAAUAAAAUCAAGACGCUUCCAGAAAACAUGUUUCAGUCGCUCGGAUCACUGGCAGAGCUUGAUCUGUCUUGCAACAGGAUCACUGACCUCCCGAGCAACAUUUUCAAGAGUCUAAAGUCACUGCUGAAACUAAAUAUAUCUCACAACCCUUUGCUUCACAUUCACGCUGGUCACUUUGAUCAUUUGGUUCAGCUCGAGUCUCUAGGACUAGAAGGCAUUGAGAUUCCAGAUAUCCAAACUAAGAUGUUCCUCCCAAUGGGCAAUCUGUCUCAUAUAUACUUUAAGGAUUUCCAGUACUGUUCCUAUGCGCCCCACGUCCGGAAGUGCAAGCCCAACACAGAUGGGAUCUCUUCGUUUGAGGACCUGCUGGCCAACAUGGUGCUGAGAGUGUCUGUGUGGGUCAUGGCCUUCAUCACCUGCUUCGGAAACCUCUUUGUGAUCGGAAUGCGGUCGUGUAUUCGCGCAGAGAACAACCUGCAUGCAGUUUGCAUCAAAGUCCUGUGCUGUGCGGACUGCCUGAUGGGCGUCUACCUCUUCUUUCUGGGAGUGUUUGAUGUGAAGUUUCGUGGCGAGUACAACCGGAAUGCCCUGCAGUGGAUGGAGAGUGUGGAAUGCCGCACCAUUGGCUUUCUGGCCAUGCUCUCCUCUGAGGUGUCUGUGCUCCUGCUGGCAUACCUGACUCUGGAGAAGUUCCUAGUAAUUGUGUUCCCCUUCAGUCACCUGCGGCCAGGGAAGCUGCAGACGGGGCUGGUGCUGGCCUCCAUUUGGCUGCUAGGAUUCCUCAUAGCCGCUGUGCCGCUGCUAAGCGACGAUCUGUUUGGCAACUACUAUGGCCGGAACGGAGUCUGCUUCCCACUGCACUCCGAUAGGCUGGAGAAGCCCACCGCUAAAGGAUACUCUACAGGAAUAUUCCUAGGACUGAACCUGCUGGCGUUUCUGGUCAUUGUCUUCUGCUACUCCAGUAUGUUCUACUCCAUCUACAAGACAGGCAUCAACGCCACAGACCUGCGCAACCGCCUGCACAAAGACGUGGCUGUGGCCAAUCGCUUCUUCUUUAUCGUGUUCUCUGACGCCCUCUGCUGGAUUCCAAUCUUCCUGGUCAAAACGCUUUCCCCUGAGGUGGAAAUACCAGGGACUAUAAACUCCUGGGUGGUGAUCUUCAUCUUGCCCAUCAACAGCGCCCUCAACCCCAUUCUCUACACACUGACCACCAGCUUCUUCAGGGAGCAAGUGGAGCUGCUGCUGUGCCGCUGGCAGCGUAGCUCGUCCUUGAUAAAAGACCGCAAGAGCCUCACCAGCACCACCGUCUACAUGGAGACUUCCAGACACACCGUCUACCAUUCCAAGGUCUUUCUGCCCCGGCUCUCUGUCCCACACAUGGACGCCAGGUACGGGUGAUUGGCUCAGAGUGACCUUGUCAUUAACCCCAUCAGCAUGCCAAAGGAAGUGGUGGGUGCAUUUUGGAACACAGUGGGAGAAGGUAGGGCUGAGCUACCCGGCCUGUGAAGCAGGUUCCUCUGUGUUCUCCAUCACAGCG